AACGCGAGAUUUUCGGUUUCCUUCCGGGCCAAGUUGAACCUGUCCAGCCCCCGUAGGCCGUGGGUCAAAAGUGCCGGUCAAAAUGGAAGUGAAUCCCCCUAAACAGGAGCACCUGCUGGCGCUGAAAGGGAAGAUCUGAAUAGCAGAACCUACACCAAAUAUGGAUGCUACAAAACUGGACGUAGUACAUAAGAGCCUAGACCUCAUGGAGUUUGGAAAGGAGUCAAGUGAUGCGGCUGACUAAGCCUACUUUAUUCACCAAUAUCCCAGUAACAUGUGAAGAGAAAGACUUACCUGGAGAUCUCUUUAACCAACUGAUGAGAGAUGAUCCUUCAACUGUUAAUGGUGCAGAAGUUUUAAUGUUGGGAGAAAUGCUGACUUUACCACAAAAUUUUGGGAAUAUAUUUUUGGGAGAGACCUUUUCCAGUUAUAUCAGCGUUCAUAAUGAUAGCAAUCAAGUUGUAAAAGACAUAUUGGUAAAAGCUGAUCUUCAGACAAGUUCUCAGCGUUUAAAUCUUUCAGCCUCCAAUGCUGCAGUGGCUGAACUUAAACCGGAUUGUUGUAUUGAUGAUGUCAUACAUCAUGAAGUCAAGGAAAUUGGAACACACAUCUUGGUGUGUGCUGUGAGUUACACAACUCAGGCUGGAGAAAAAAUGUAUUUUAGAAAAUUCUUCAAAUUUCAGGUUCUCAAACCACUGGAUGUGAAAACCAAAUUUUACAAUGCAGAGAGUGACCUCAGUUCUGUGACUGAUGAAGUAUUUCUGGAAGCCCAGAUUCAGAAUAUGACAACCUCACCUAUGUUUAUGGAGAAAGUUUCAUUGGAGCCAUCUAUUAUGUACAAUGUAACAGAAUUAAAUUCAGUCACCCAAGCUGGAGAAUGUGUGUCUACGUUUGGGUCAAGAGCAUAUUUGCAACCAAUGGAUACACGCCAGUAUUUAUACUGCUUAAAGCCAAAGAAGGAAUUCGCAGAAAAAGCAGGCAUCAUUAAGGGAGUAACAGUAAUUGGAAAAUUGGAUAUAGUAUGGAAAACAAAUCUAGGUGAAAGGGGAAGGUUACAGACCAGCCAACUUCAAAGAAUGGCUCCAGGUUAUGGAGAUGUUAGGUUGUCUUUGGAGGCAAUACCAGAUACCGUAAACCUUGAAGAACCUUUUCAUAUUACCUGUAAAAUAACAAACUGCAGCAGUGAAAGGACUAUGGAUCUGGUUUUGGAAAUGUGCAAUACCAAUUCCAUCCACUGGUGUGGAAUUUCAGGAAGACAGCUGGGAAAGCUGCAUCCAAGUUCUUCGCUCUCUCUUGCCCUUACUCUGCUUUCUUCAGUACAGGGACUGCAAAGCAUCUCUGGCUUAAGACUAACAGACACAUUCUUAAAGAGAACAUAUGAAUAUGAUGACAUCGCACAAGUCUGUGUGGUAUCUUCUGCCAUUAAAGUGGAAAGCUGAAGGAAAUUUCCAAUGUUAUGCUUUUCAUUUAGUUUCACAGAACUGCUUUUUGUCACCUUUGUAAAAUGAUGACGUCAACAACGAAGUAAAUAUGUUAUUUAAAUUUCUUUCCUGUAAAAUAGUUAAAAUAUUAAAUAUUUGUUUUGAAGAGAUCUGAUUUUAUCUUGUAAGUUAUGUUCGAAAUGAACAUGUGUAGAUUUUCUACACCUAUUUAAUUUCAUUUCAUUUUAGAUGAUCAUUGGGCUUUGUUCUCCAAAAGCUGUGUAUCUGAGACCAUUUGUCCCUGGCCAGUAUCUACACGAGUCAGCAAACUUUUUAUGUAAGGUACAAGGUACUAAAUAUUUUAGGCUUUGCAGGCCAUAAGGUUCUGUCACAAAUACUGAACUCUGCCAUUGUACUGCAAGAGCAGCCAGUAGCCAAAAAAAGUACAGUGGUGUACACAAAAAGCAGCAGCUGGACUCAGGAAGCUGAGGCAGGAGAAUCGCUUGAAUCCAGGAGGUGCAGGUGGCAGUAAGCUGAGAUCAUGCCACUGUACCACUGUACUCUAGCCUGAGCGACAGAGCAAGACCGUCUCAAAAAAAAAAAAAAAAAAAGAGGCAGCUGGACAGAUUUAGCCUGCAGGGUAUAGUUGGCUGACCUCAAUCUAGAAGAAAGAGUUGUUUCUUAGAACUUUGUAACAUUUUGUUUAGAAAUAUUUCAGUUAACUCCAGUUUUUUUCCUAGCUAUUCAGUCAGCA